UCUCACAUGGUAAAUAAUGCCCCUCCAUCUACUAUUCCCAUGUUGCAGCAACAACAACAACAAGCAUCAAUGCAACAGAUGUAUCCACAGGUUCAUGUUUCACAUUAUCCCAAUCUCAUGCCUUAUCGUCAGUUCCUCUCCCCAGUCUAUGUUCCCCACCAGAUGCCCAUGCCAGGCUACUCAGGUAACCCAGCAGCAUAUGCACACCCUUCAAAUGGUAAUGGCUAUGUACUGAUGCCUGGAGGCGGUUCUCAUCUCGGUUCGAAUGGUGUCAAGUAUGGGAUCAAUCAGCAAUUCAAACCAGUUCCAACAGGUGGGCAUACGGGGUUUGGGACGUACAACAAUCCUAAUGGGUAUCCAAUUAAUCCUCCCAAUGUAGUUGGAAACGCUACUGGACUUGAAGAUUCAUCUCGCAUGAAAUACAAAGAUGGAAAUAUCUACAAUCCAAAUCCUCAG